AUGCGUAUAAUAGAUGUUCUAACAACUGUUGCCAACAAUGGCACGAUCAGUUUCGCGCGUCUCUACCGCACUAAAACAGAACGCAUGCCUGUUCCCAUUGAGAAAGUCCUCCAAAACCUUUCAACCUAUCGCUUCAUCUUCCAAAAUCCACUCGACCUGCACAAGCUCCUCGAAGACCCCGACCCUGUCAGCGUGGCCAUCUGCCAGGGCAUAAAAAGACUACGACUCGAUCUCCUACAGUACUUCGCAGAGGGAAAGGUGACUCUCAAAGAAGCCUUGGACGACAAUUCCAAACGUGUCGACCUGCAGGCACUCAUGGAGAACUGGAGAGUUGCCUGUCGACUUAUACCAAGGGACCAUGGUCUGCAGGAACUUACGUUUGAUCUGUCCGGUGCGAAUGAGCUGUGCAGGUUGCGCUUGACCAGCAGAACCAUUCAGCUUAUCAGUACGACUCUGGUUCUUAAGGCGAGACAGAAUUUGCGGUGUAGGAUUCAAGGGGCGGCCAAUUUGGAUCAUGCGCAGAUGAGACAUGUGCAGAUGUCCCUUGUGAGUCGCUAG